UAAAGGAUACUCUCAGCAGGACAGGCAGUGGUCUUUCUGCCGUAAUGUGAAUAGCAACUGUGGACGUGGCGGGACCUUGAGGUGAUUCCUUCGUUCACAGCAUCCUCCAGUGAGACCCCCAGCAUCAUAGCCUAAGAUAUUGUAUGACGGUUUGAAGUCCACACAGGGCAAGGACCGCCAAAACCGUAGAUUUAUCGAUUCACUAUGCAUUCGAUAGUGCGAUGCUCAAGACAUACGCCCCAACAAGCGGAGAUGCGUAGUGGGCGUCCAUCUCCUCGAAGUUGUUGCUCGACUUCCGCGGCCACCGCUUCGGUCACCAGCCCCAUCACCAUCAAUCCUCCACAGCAUCGCGGCGAGCUCCAGAACAGCGAUGACAUAUCCGAAACAGCAAGCGUAUUGAGCUUUUGGCGUUCACGGAGAGUCGCCGACCAUCCAGCCGAAUGCGGGAGCUGCACCUCGAGGCAGGCGUGGCGAUUCUUGAACAGCUUCACGCUGCUCGAGCUGCCAUCCGCCACUCGCCAUCCAACAGCCUCACACCAUCGGCCUGGGAGAUACAAGCCUCUAAACAGCAAGCCGGCUCUGACACGACAUGAACGCUGUAUGGCGAUGGACUCGGUUCUGGCUUCCGAGCAGCGACGGCAAUCCCAACGAGAGGUUGACUAGAAUAGCCGGCCUGCAGAGGGGCGGACAUCCAGGCUUAUC